AUGGCCAGCAUGGCACCGUCGCCGGCGAGCUCCUGCGUGUCCUCCGACGAGGAGGAGGCCGCGGCGGCCAAGGCGAUGGUGGUGGCGGGGUGCCCGCGGUGCCUCAUGUACGUGAUGCUCUCGUCGGAGCCGCCUCGGUGCCCUCGCUGCAACAGCCCCGUGCUCCUGCAAUUCCUCCACGGCGCCGACGCCAACACCGCCAACGCCAACGCCGACGCCGACGCCAACACCAACAUGUCGUAG